AAACUGUAGACAUAAAACUCUAAAUAAGGGACUCCCGGUUCCGCAUUGAUGGCGAGUGGGCUGGAAGCUGCGAGGCCGCGUCCCUCGGCGAAAGGCUCAGGAUGUUAGAAGCAACUGCAAUAAGGAAACUGAAACCAAUCAUUACAUCAGGAUCAGACAGAUGUGCCCUAUUUACCACAACCUGAAUAGCAACAGAUUUUGAACAUGGAAGGGAAAAGCACUGUUCACACUGGACAGAAACCGUGGAAAUGUGGAGAUUGUGGAGAAGGAUUCCGUUACUUGUCUGUGCUGGAAAUUCAUCGCCGCAGUCACACUGGGGAGAGACCAUUCACCUGCACGGAGUGUGGGAAAGGAUUCACUCGAUCGUCCAUCUUGCUGAAACACCAGCGAGUUCACACUGGGGAGAGACCUUUUAAAUGCCCAGUUUGUGGGAUGUGCUAUAAAAGCUCCAGCAAUUUAAUGGCCCAUCUACGUGUUCACAGUGAUGAGAGACCUUUUCAAUGCCUGGACUGUGGAAAAUGCUAUAAAGGUUCUGGGGAUCUGAUGCGCCAUCAACAUAUUCACACUGAGGAGAGGCCUUUUAAAUGUCCAAACUGCGGGAAGUGCUAUAAAAGUCCAAGGGCACUGAUGAACCAUCAACAAGUUCACACUGAGGAGAGACCUUUUGAAUGCCUAGACUGUGGCAAAUGCUUUAAAACUUCCAGCAAUCUGAUCUCCCAUCGACGUGUUCACACUGAUGAGAGGCCUUUUGGAUGCACAGACUGCGGGAAAUGCUUUAAAAGUUCCAGAGAUUUGAUGAACCAUCAACGUGUUCAUUCUGAUGACAAACCUUUUAAAUGUUCAGAUUGUGGAAAUUGCUUUAAAAGUUCUGGGGAACUGAUGUCCCACCAACGUGUUCACACUAAUGAGAAACCUUUUAAAUGUUUGGAUUGUGGGAAGUGCUAUAAAAGUUCUGGAGAGCUGACUUCUCAUCAACGUGUUCACACUGAGGAGAGACAGUUCACGUGUUCUCACUGUGGGACCGGAUUCAGACGAUUAUUUGAUCUCACUGAGCACCGGCGAAUUCACACUGGGGAGAGGCCAUUCAUCUGUUCCAUAUGUGGGAAGGAAUUCACUCGGUCCUGUCGCCUUGUGGCACAUCAGCGAGUUCACACUGAGGAGAGACCUUUCAGGUGCUCUUACUGUGGGUCUGGGUUCAGGCAAUCGUCUCAUCUCACUGCACACCAGAGAGUUCACACGGGGGAGAGGCCAUUUGCCUGCACUGAAUGUGGGAAGAGAUUCACUCGGACUUGUAACCUACUGAGACACCAGCGAGUUCACAAGUGAUUUCAGGAGUUGGAUUUUACUGCUAGUUACUUCCAGGACUGAACCCAGUACAUUGGUUUCCUUUUCUCCUGAUUUUAACAAAUUCAUCAUAUUUUUUGCUGCUACCACCCUGAAUAAAAUUCAACAGAAUCGGUUUUGUGUUAAACACAUAAUGUGUUGACACUUGUUACUAUCUCUAAUGCAAUUUAGGUACUUUUGUAGAAAUUUCCCUUUCCCUGUCUCCUCUGGAUUCAUCUUCAACUUGUGUGGGUUUUGCGCUGACAAUGAGCUUUUAGUUCAGAUGGAGAACAAAUUUCCCAUGUACUGUUGCCAUAUUUCCAUGGUUUCACGUUGGUACGAGUGACUUUGUGUUUAUGGAGGCUUCAUGAUCAUUUGAAGCAUCGUGUAGGCAUGUAAGAGUCCGCUAGCAGCGGCAGGGUAGGAAGCCUUCAGCCUCCUGGGGAAAAGUAGCUCUGUUGAUCCACAUCGACACUGUUUUAGAAUUAUUCAACCAUUCAAUAAUUCUAAGAUGAAUUUAAGCUGUGAAUGUUUUGAAGGGGCAUCAUCAGGCACCAAGUUCUUGAGAGAAAUUUUGCAGUGAAUCAAAUAGUAUUUUCUAACCCAUCUAUAUUCAUCCCAAAAUUGGAACUGCAGUGUUUCUGCUAUCUGCCUGUGUCUCAAUUAGACAGUGUAGUAAGUCAUUUUAAUAUCGAACAGAGUUUGUUAUUUUGCAUGAAUAUUAAUCUGAAUUGAACAUUGGAUAAUCGUGUCGCAUGGAGAAGUACAAUGCAUUUUUCUGAUUUUGAUACCAUACUGUACGGUCAUUAUUAUUGUGUAGAGUUCAAAUACUUUAGAAAUGAUCUUCCUUUCAUCAUAAGGUCAGAAUUGUGGAGGCUUGCUGAUGAUUACACAAUGUUGAGUACCACUUGUGACUCCUCAGAAACUGAAGCGGCCCUUGUUCAAAUGCAACAAGAUCUGCUCAAUGUUCCAGGAUUGGGCUUGACAAGUAGCAAGUUACAUUCACACCACACAAAUGCCAGGCUAUGACCAUGACCAAUAAAAGACUAUCUCCCCACUGUCCAUUGCCAUUCAAGAUUGUUACCAUUACUGAAUCCUCCACUAUCAACAUCCUGGGAGUUGCUACUGACAAGAAACUCAAUUCAACUAGCCAUUUAAACACAGUGACGACAAAAGCACGUCAGAGGCUCGAAAAAUUGCUGUGAGUAACUCAUCAACUGAAUCCCCAAAUCCUGUCCAUCAUCUAUAGGGCACAAGUCAGGAGUGUCUUGGAAUACUCCCCACUUAGCUGGAUGGGUGCAGCUCCAGCAACACUCGAGGCUUAACACUGUCCAGGACAAAUCAGCUGCUUGAUUAGCACAGUCACAAACAUCCACUCACUCCACCACCAACGCUCAGUAGCAACAGUGGGUACUAUCUACAAGGUGCACCACAGAAAUUCUCCACAUGAUUAUUUCCAUCUAGAAGGAUAAGGACAGCAGAUACAUGGGAACACCACCACCUGCAAGUUCACCUCCAAGCCAUUCACCAAGCGGCUUACCACCACCUUCUCAAGGGCAAUGACAGACGAGCAGUAAAAGGUGGUCAAUAGGUCACGCUCAUAACCCAUGAAAGAAUAAAAAAUGUUACCAUUAUGUUAGAUUAGUGGCAAUGUAAAAGUAUAUUCAGCAUUGAUAAAACCUACCCCUGGAAGGAUAUAAUCAUUAAAAUACAGUAAGUUUUCCCUCUGGAAAGCUGCUAGUGUGUUUAGUUUUGCACUGACAGGUCUUGUACAAUUUAGCUCUUGCUUCGAAUAAUUAUUUAUUUUUAUUUUUUGCUGAGAUGUGUCUGGUUCUGCCAAGGCCAAUAUUUGUUGCUCAUCUCUCGUUUCCAUUGAGGAAGGUGGAGCUGGACCCAACACUUCUCCUUGUAGCACACUGUUAGUUACAGGUUGCCAGUCUGAAUAAUAUCCUUCUAUUACCAUCCUUUGUCUCCUACUUUCAAUCCAAUUUCAGAUCUGAUUGGCAAGCUCUCCCGGGAUCCCGUGUGAUCUAAUGUUAUUGACCAGUCUACCAUGGGGAACCUUGUCCAAAGCCUUACUAGAGUCCAUGCAGACAAUGUCUUUUGCUCUGCCUUCAUCUGUCUUCUCGAUCAUCUCUUCAAAAACUCAGACAAGUUAGUGAGACACGAUUUUCCAUGCAGAAAGCCAUGUUGACUAUCCCCAGUUAGUCAUUGCCUUUCUGAAUGUAUGCAGACCCUCUCUCUGAAUUCCCUUCAACAACUUAUCCACCACUGAUGUCAGGCUCACCGGUCUAUAGUUCCCUGGCUUUUCCUUGCAGCCUUUCUUAAAUAAUGACACAAUAUUAGCCACCCUCCUGUCUUUUGGCACCUCACCGUGCUACAAUAGCUACAACAUCAUAGUUACGUGCACUAAUCCAACCUCUGAAUUGAUCUGCCUUACCUGUCAUAGUCCUCAUAUUAGAACAAAUGUCCUACGGACAGUCAGUCCGGUUGUGUUCAGUAACUUCUCCCUGUCUGUUCUUCCUCUCAGUGUUACUGGCCUUCGUCUGUAACUUCUCCUCAGUCAUUUCAUUUGUUGAUCUACAGCUUUGGUUCCUACCCCCAAGCUGUGCUUGUUUAAACCCUCCUGAGUGACAGUAGCCAACCUCUGUGCCAGGAUAUUGGUGUCCCUCCAGUUCAGGUGCAACACAUCCUUCUUGGACAGGCCCCACCUACCACGGAAGACAUCCUACAGAUCCACAUACCUGAAGGUCUCCCUCCUACGCCAGCUCUUUAUGUACACAUGUAACUGUAUUAUUUCCCUAUUCAUAGCCUCAUUGGCAUGUGGCACAGGGAGUAAUCCUGAAAUUAUAACCAUAGUGGUCCUGCUUUUCAGCUUACUACCUAACUCCCUGAACUCCCUUUUCAGGAUCUCGUCACUGUUCCUGCCUAUGAUGUUAGUGCCAAUAGGUACCCUGGCCUCUAGCUACUCACCAUGCCUUUUGAGAAUGUCCUGUGCCUGCUCAGAACAUCCUUUUCCCUGGCACUAGGGAGGCAGCAUGCCAUCCUGGAAUCUCUUUUGCAGCUACAGAAACAUCUACCUGUGCCCCUGAUUGUGGAGUUCCCUAUUACUACUUACCUACUGAACUUUGGCCCUCCCUAUUGUACAAGACAGCCAGCCGUCGUGGCAGCACUCUUGCUGCAGCUGUUGCCACCCCCGAUAAGCACUCUCCUCACUCAACAGUAUCCAAAGCAGGGUAUUUGUUAGAGUGGACAACAGCCACGGUGGACUCCUGCAUACCUGAGUGCCCCUUCUAGCAGGCACCCUUCAAUUUGCCUAUACUUACAGUGUGACCACAUCUAUAAAUCUCCUGUUUAUGGCACUUUCUGCCUCUUGCAUGCCCCUAAGUGUACCAACCUUCCACUCCAACUGACCAAUGCAGUCUUACAGGAGCUGCAGUUAGACACACUUCCUGCAGAUGUAGCCAUCAGGGGACGUUUGAACUGUCUUUGAUUUUCCAGAUUCUGCAGGAGAAGUAUACGAUGACACAGCUGCCAGUUUUACUCUCCAGCAAUGAUUUAAUUAAAAAUGCAUUUCUAUUAAAUAAAUUUACAGCUAAUUAUCUGGUCCCUAGUGAUUAAUUCUCACUGCAAAAGACUAACACAUUCUCUCACACUUACACACUCCUCUCACAGUUAUGAACCCCUCAUUUGUACAAACACCUCCUCUCAGAUACUAACAUGCAAAUAUGAACUCUCACUUACCCUUACACACUGUCAAACUCACUCUUAGACAAACUAUUAUGCACACACACACUCUCUCGCUCUCACAUUCACACACACGCAGGGAACCUUGUUGAAAGCCUUGCCAGAGUCUGUGUGGACAACAUCUCUUGCUCUGCCUUCACCUAUCUUCUUGAUCAUCUCUUCAAAAACUCAGUCAAGUUAGUGAGACAUGAUUUUCCACACAGAAAGCCACAUUGACUAUCCCUAAUCAGUCAUUGCCUUUCCCAAUGCAUGCAGACCCUCUCUGUCAGAAUUCCCUUCAACAACUUACCCACCACUGAUUUCAGGCUCACUGGUCUAUAGUUCCCUGGCUUUUCCUUGCAACCUUACUUAAAUAAUGGCACAACAUUAGCCACCCUCCUGUCUUUUGGCACCUCACCCUUGGCACUCCUAAAUGUUAAGAUCCCAGUCUUGUCCCUCUCUCAACCAAGUCACUGAAAUAGCAACAACAUCAUAGUUAUGUGCACUAAUCCAAGCUCUAAAUUUACCUGCCUUACCCGUCAUACUCCUCAUAUUAAAAUGAACGCUCACACACUAACAAGCUAUCUCUGACAAAUUGUCACUCAAACACACACACUCAAAAACUAACACACUGUCACUUUCUCUCUCAGAACGCACUCAAACACUCUCUAACACUCACUUUGCCUCAUUCACAGACAAUACAACACUGCUAAACACACUCUCAGGCAACUCUUACUCACUGACAGUAUCACAUAAUUAGACACAUAAAUGCUGUAACUGCUGUUCCCAAUGUGUAGAAGAAUGAUCCUCAUAUUCCCACUUUCUGGAGACAAACAGAACAUUGCAAAAGAUUCAGGGGCAUUAUGAGGACACGUUAUCUUUGAAGAAAGUCAUUCUGAAGUGAAAUGAACUGUUUGAUAGGGAGCUAGAACAGUUUGAAUCUUAUUUUUAAAUGUGAACAUAUGCAGUACUUGUGGGGAGAAUAGGGGAGUGGGAUUAACUGAAUCAUUCUGUUCAGAGCCGGCAGUGUUCCUGGAAACUGAAAAGAUUUCUCUUGUGACUGAUGAAUGCCAGUGCUGUGGGAGAUAUUUGCAAUCAUUGCAGCAGGUGUUGAAAUUUCAGUCUAUCGCAUUCCAGGACUUUGAGACAAAAAAGCUAGAUGCUGCAACAAAUGCAGAGUUUGCAACAAAGAUUGAAUGUUUGCAAGAUGUUGACAACAGUUAAACUGGAAUGAAAAUAAUAUUAACGUGGCAACAGACAUUAAAUUAUGAAUAAAUAUUGCAUAGACCUUUAUAUGUGGCUGUGUGUAUAAUGUGUGUGCAUCUCUAACUACAUCUGCAUAUGUAUCUCUAUGUGUUCAUAUGUGUGUUCUAAGUCUCUGUGUAUGCAUUUGUAUAUCUGCUUGCAUCUCUGUUUGCAAUAAGAGAUGUGUGUCUCUUUGUUUCCAUAUAUACAUUUGUAUCGAUGUCCCUUUAUGUUGUGAUGAAGCUGUAGAUUUAAGAGGAUGUUUUGCCCUGUUUUCUUUUAAGAGCGAGGUUGAACAAGAAGUGAUGAGCUGCCUGCUGAAGACUACUUGAGUAAACAGCUCGGGAGGACUGGGGGUUCUUUUUGGUGCAGCCCAAAUAGAUGUGCCCAGCUGUCAUAGGUCAGGAUUUCUGCAUAGCAUCAUAAGCUAUUUGGGGCUCAACCAAGUUGGAAGCUUCAGUGAAUGUCUCCUGGCUGCUACACUCUGAAUGUG